UUUGCUCAACCUAGUCUGUGUCUAUUUUGAUGGUUGCAUUGAUGUUACUCAGAAUGGAGCCAAUUCCAAAACUUCUAGCUGGACUUAUUCUGCUGACUCUCUGCGUGGUGGGCUGCUCCGGUCAACACUGGUCCUACGGGUUGCGCCCUGGAGGAAAGAGAAAUGCUGAAAAUGUGAUUGACUCUUUCCAAGAGAUAGCCAAAGAGGUCAAUCAACCAGCAGAAACUCAGCACUUCGAGUGCAUCAUUCAGCACCGUUCUCCACUCAGGGACCUGAAAGGUGCUCUGGAAAGUCUGAUCGAAGAGGAAACUGGGCAGAAGAAGAUGUAAAUCCACUGGACCAAAAAAAUUGACCACACAAGUAUAAUCCUGACUUUGAAAUCUGAGACCCAUUUAAUAUCUGUAAAUUGUGUGAAUUUCGGAAAUUCUUAUGCAAGGCUGCACAUGUUACAUGAUGAAGUGCUGGGCUGCAAAUAAAGUGGCAUAAAUGUUAAGUCUCUCUCUAAUUCGGAACUCUGGUAGGGGAGGGACAUUGUAAGCCCCCAAGACAGGCCCCCAAGUAUGUUGACGGGGCAGAGGAGAUGAGAACACACAGGCACUAUUAUUAUUGACUAAAGGAAACUUAUGACUCACCUCCACCACCACCAC